AGAUUGCAGAAGGUCCUGGAAGACACAAGGCCUCAGGUGUGGGAGAUCCAAGACCGACUCAGGAUCCUGCAGGAAAAGGGGUGUUGCCGUGAGCGGCCAGGCCAGCCUGUACCAAAAUCACAGCUGUUGAUACGCUGGAUGGAGCUUCAUAAUCGACUACAGCAGAAGAUACAAUCCACACAGAAGAUCAGAAAGAAUUAUGAGAGGUUCCAGUGUAACUCAACAGAACUAGAAGUGUGGAUAUGUCGUGCUCAAGAACAGGUUCAGAAGUGGAACAGUUUGUCUGAUUCUGAUCCACUGAAUUCCAGAACAAUCUUGACCCAGCUCACGGAGUUCUUCAAGGAGCUGGAGGUCCGUUCGGCACAAAAAGCUUCUGCAGAAUGUGCAGGCACACAGAUACUGCAGCUGACUGACAAUGAAGCUCCAGGUCUGCGCAGACGACUGGCUCAACUUGAGCAGGAAUGGAUGAACUUGACUAGCGAGCUGCCCACCCUCAGCCAGACACAGCAACAAGUACGACUAAUGUGUCUCUCUUAA